UUUUACUUAUCCAUCUUGGUCUAUUAUCCAUACUAAAGGCCCAAAAUAUUCAACCACUUUUUAGUGUAUCCAAUCGAAGUGCAACUAACCAAGUUUCAUCAGCAACCAUAUAAGUCCCAACGCAAACCUCUCUGUCUCCCUUUGACACAUCAACUAAAGGAGUGAGUGGGCGCAGCCCUCUCUCUGCGCCAACUUGAUGUCGUACGUGUUUUGCUGUCGCGUGCACACGCCACCCCGCCCAGGUUUGCCGCUUCUAGUCAUCAGGCAACCCAAGUAACCAAACCAACCAAAACCAACCGCCCCCACUUCCCUCAUUCUCUCCCUCUUUACAUCCCUCCAGGCCCUCCGUUUUUUGUCAUACCCUCAAAAAGCAAAUGCUCCCCCUCUUUGCUAACUUACGCCUCCCCUCUCUUCCCUUAUCCUACUCCCGCCGCCACCUUCGCUACCCUUAUGUCAACUCCAACUUCUCCUCCUCUGCAAUCCUCCUCCGCCACCGCGACACGGCGGGUCCCUCCACCGUGCUGGAGUAAGGAGGAAACCAUGGCGUUGAUUGGGGCAUACAAGGAUAGAUGGUUCGCUCUCCGACCCGGGAACCUGAAGGCAUCUGACUGGGACGCCGUGUCCGCCACCUUAUCAUUCGCCAUUGAUACUGGAACUACGAAAUCGUCUGUUCAGUGCCGGCAUAAGAUCGAGAAGUUGAGGAAGCGAUAUCGUGCCGAGAAGCAACGGAGCCUUAAAAAUCCAGGCAAGUUUUAUUCUUCUUGGGACUUGUUUCCUCUGCUUGAUUCUAUGAAUUUUGCCUCGACGUCGGUCGUUGGAUCUGAUGAUCAAGAUCAUAUUGUUGAUCAUAAAGUAAGUAUAUUUGAGGGGUUUUGCUUGAAAUCGAAGAAGCAUGAAAGUAUUGGUGGGAAUUAUGGGUCUAAUCUAGAUUGUGAUCCUGAUUUUAGAGGUUGGUGUGGAUCAAAUUUUGAUUUUGAUCACAAAUUCGGAGGUGGGUUUGGGGUGAAAUGUCAUGUUAAUAGGGAUUUUGUGGCUAGAGGGAUUACAAAAUUGAAGAGUAAUGGUAGCGUUGGCAAUGCUUAUGGUUCUACGGUUGAUUUUGAUCAUAGUUUUGGUGAAGGUGUUGAUAGUGUUGGAGGGUUUCCUCUCAAGACCUUAGGUAAUAGGAGUUUCGUGAAGCUGGGAUUCAAGCUAAAGAAUUAUGGUAACCCUAAUCUAGAUUAUGAUUAUGAUAGUGAUUUGGAAGAGUAUAGCAUUGAUGAAGGAAUGGGGUUUCGGACAAAAGUUUCAGGUGCUUGGGAUUCAGUGCCUAAAGGUUUUCAUCAGAAGAAACGUGGUAGAGUUGAUAGGAGCUUUGACCCUGCUGUUGACCGUGGGGGUUUGAACGGAUUUUCUUCUUGUUCAAGGCCACGGCUUGGCAGGAAGAAUGGUAGUGCUGGACUCAAGAGGGGUGUGGAUCCAGUUGAGGAGAUGGUUUCUUCCAUUAAGUUGUUGGCUGAAGGGUUCGUGAGGAUGGAGAAGAUGAAGAUAGAGAUGGUGAAGGAGAUGGAGAAGAUGAGAAUGGAGAUGGAGAUGAAGCAUAAUGGGAUGAUACUUGAGUCACAACAAAAGAUCACGGAUGCGUUUGCCAAGGCUUUGUUGGAGAAGAAGAAAAGGAAAAAGAAACUGUCCACGCUGUUACCUAAUGUGAAUGGAAAUGGGGUUGAAGGAUGGCAAGGUGAUGACAUGGUAGAAACAAAAAAGCUAGAUGUACUGUAACCUAAUGUUCAGAUAGUAUAGUUUAGUUACAUAGUUAUAUUUAUGUAAUCUUUUAAGUUGACCAAAUGUUUUUGGAAACAGAGCAACUUAGAUUGAUGCUCUUUUUUCUGUUCAAAAUUAAAAUGAAUUUAAAGGAGGAGAUUGUCUCCCAUAAUUUGCCAGUGUUCUUGAUCUAUUCACUGUGAAUUUGUAGUGGCUUUCAGUCCCGCCUUAAGUACUAUGAUGUAAACAACAUAAUUAAGUUUCUGCAUCUAGAUUUAAUAAAUGCAAUUCCUUUUUCUUAGAUU